AACAUGAGAUUAGGUCCCCACCAAGAGAGACUCGGGAUGGAGACAGAAGCAGAGAGACUUAGCCAGAGUGCCAGCCCUGAAAGCAGUCUGUGUCAGAGGGAGCUGACUUCUAAUUGACCUGCCCGCCCCAUACGCAAAGCCAGAUCCUGGAGCUGGGAGGAGGGAGGGAGUAGAGCAAGAGCAGCGUUAAUGCAGCUAUCGAUUUCUGCCACCAGCCAGCAGGCCGCAGAGGCGGGGGACACACAGAGGGGCUAGGGCGCAGACUGCUUCCCUCCCCACAUCUCCAGCCCACGGGCGUCAGCCUUCUUCUGUCUUCUCCCCUCAGCCUGUGUCUAGGGCUCCUGGGGCUAUGGUCCAGGGCAGAGCAGCUGAGCUCGAUGGGCAAGGGCUAGGUGACUUGGCAUGACAGUCUCUGGCCCUGAUCUCACUGGCCCUUGUCCCCAACACCUAGCCAGGGUCACUGAUGCCUGGAGGAGUACUGAUCUCUGAGGACAGGGGCCCAACAGCCAACCUGGGCUUGGGCCUUAGGAGGUAGAAGGGAGCACAGCAAUCCUGGGGCAUGUGUGACCCCCUUCCUCUUACUACGAUCUGACCUCUGUGACACCCCCAGCCCAGUCUGGACACCCUGCCUGACCCUCCUGGGUUUGUCCUGCCAGCUGGCCCAGCUCUUCCUCACCACCCACCCGCCUUCACUAGGAAGGAGCUUAGGUGGGCCCGUGCCUGCUGGGGAGAGGCAGGGAGUGGCCGGCUGGCUGCUGAGGCCUGCUGUUCACCUCACCCUGGAGACAGAGCUUUUCCCUCGCCUGCACUCACUCCUCCUCGUGGCCACUCUUAGCAGUCCUGGACCAGGGGCCCUGCCUGCUCGGGGCCUCGAUUUCCCCUUCUGUAAGUGUACAGGGUUGGACUAGAUGACCUCCCGGGCCAGGCUGAGUCCUGUGACUGGGGGAUGGUGGGGUUGCCUGGGGACAAAGAUGCAGUGUGUGCCGCCCCUAAGCCCAGGGCCGGACAGGCCCAGCCAGAUGUGCGCCUCCCCCUUGAGUAGCCAGCUGCUCGGGGCUGGGCCCCGUCCUCCCACCCCUCUCCUGGGGGUUGCUGGGCCGUGGCAGGCAGACGCUAGAGAGCCAGGGCUGAUGAGGAAACUACCACUCGGCUCCAUCUGGAACAGUUCCUUCUAGAGCUCCUGGCCAAGGAGCCUGGCUGCUCACAUGCCUUAGUCUUGGGGCCUGAGCAGAACAGGCUCUGUCCUGGGAAGGGGCACCUCAGACAGGUGGACGUGGCUGAAGAACAGGCUCCAUUCCCUAGAGGGUCACACCUACUCUCUGUCCCAGCUUGGCAGCAGCCAGAGGUCCCUCGGGCCCACAGUCCUCUCUGCUCUCACUGGGACCUCCAUCCAGACCCAUCUGGGAGCCAGGCUGGCACAUAGCAGUGAGGCCUGAGUAGAGACAAGGGUCCCGAGGUUAGAGAGAGGGGGGGAAGCGUGUGUUGAUGUGUGCACAAGCCCCCCACCCUCCACCCCCCUGCCCUUGCGGGAGAAGGCUUGUCCUCUGGUACACUGCUGCCUGCCCUCUAGCAGGAGGAUACAUGCUCCUUGAAAUAAGGGUUCUGCUCUCUAUUUGGCAAACUCUGUUAAACAAAGUCAGUUUUCUUUACCUGCAGAACUUGCCAGGGCCUUGAGAUAAUUAAUGUGUAUUAGGAAUCUCUAAUGAGCAUCCAUGGGCAGCUUCCCAUACCUUUUGGUCUACAUCUCCAAGCUGUUCAGAGACUGUGCCCACCCCUCUUCUCCAUAGUUGGGUCAGUGAAAGAUGAGGAAGCAGAGGGUAACCUCUGAGGUUAAUAAAGUUCUCCCGCUCCCUCCUACCCCCAGGACAGGAAGGACUGCCUGCCUCCAUCGGGUCUUCCCAGACCCUGGCAGGGCAGAGGGAGACCCAGCUGAGCCUCCACCGUGCUACUUGGUGGCUGUGUAUCCGUGGGCUAGUCAGUUCUUCUCCCAAACCUUGUCUUCCUCACCUAUGAAACAGGAUAUCACUAGCCACUACUUGUGGGUUUCUCGUGAGUCUUAACUGAGGUAGUACAAAUUAGAAAUUCCUAACUGUGGCUGGAACUUAAUGAGCGCCUAGCCCGGCUGUGGUGGUUACAGUGGCGAUACAGCUGGUGGUGGAGGAGGCCCUGACCCUGUGUCCUCUUGUGCCGACAGAGUGAAGACACUUGCACGUGGACGCCUGACCAUGUGCCUGCGCUGAGCAGCAGAGCCCACCAGGCAUCUCUGUCGUGGGCAGCAGGACUCCGGUGCUCAUCUGUGGACUCCCCGCAGUUGGCAGGUUCCCCCACCAGCGGGGUCUGGGCCUUGGCCCCACCAUGUCGAGCCUCGGCAGCGGCCCCCAGGACAGCGGCGGUAGCAGCAGCGGCAGCAACGCCAAUGGCAGCAGUGGCAGCGGCCCAAAGGCGGGAGUGGCAGACAAGAGUGCGGCGGCGGCGGCGGCGGCUGCGCCAGCCUCGGUGGCGGAUGACGCACCACCCCCUGAGCGCCGGAACAAGAGCGGCAUCAUCAGUGAACCCCUCAACAAGAGCCUGCGCCGCUCCCGCCCUCUCUCCCACUACUCUUCCUUUGGGGGCAGCGGUGGCAGUGGCGGUGGCAGCAUGAUGGGCGGGGAGUCUGCCGAAAAGGCUGCCGCGGCCACAGCCGCUGCCUCCCUGUUGGCCAAUGGGCACGACCUGGCGGCGGCCAUGGCUGUGGACAAAAGCAACCCUACCUCAAAGCACAAAAGUGGUGCUGUGGCCAGCCUGCUGAGCAAGGCAGAGCGGGCCACGGAGCUGGCAGCCGAGGGACAGCUGACGCUGCAGCAGUUCGCGCAGUCCACGGAGAUGCUGAAGCGCGUGGUGCAGGAGCACCUACCGCUGAUGAGCGAGGCGGGCGCUGGCCUGCCCGACAUGGAGGCCGUGGCGGGCGCCGAAGCCCUCAAUGGCCAGUCCGACUUCCCCUACCUGGGCGCCUUUCCCAUCAACCCGGGCCUCUUCAUCAUGACCCCGGCGGGCGUGUUCCUGGCUGAGAGCGCGCUGCACAUGGCCGGCCUGGCCGAGUACCCCAUGCAGGGAGAGCUGGCCUCCGCCAUCAGCUCGGGCAAGAAGAAGCGGAAACGCUGCGGCAUGUGUGCGCCCUGCCGGCGGCGCAUCAACUGCGAGCAGUGCAGCAGUUGUAGGAACCGAAAGACUGGCCAUCAGAUUUGCAAAUUCAGAAAAUGUGAGGAACUCAAAAAGAAGCCUUCCGCUGCUCUGGAGAAGGUGAUGCUUCCGACGGGAGCCGCCUUCCGGUGGUUUCAGUGACGGCGGCGGGAACCCAAAGCUGCCCUCUCCGUGCAAUGUCACUGCUCGUGUGGUCUCCGGCAAGGGAUUCGGGCGAAGACAAACGGAUGCACCCGUCUUUAGAACCAAAAAUAUUCUCUCACAGAUUUCAUUCCUGUUUUUAUAUAUAUAUUUUUUGUUGUCGUUUUAACAUCUCCAUGUCCCUAGUAUAAAAAGAAAAAGAAAAGAAAAAAAAUUAACUGCUUUUUCGGAAGAACAACAACAACAGCAAAAAGAGGUAAAGACGAAUCUGUAAAGUACCGAGACUUCCUGGGCAAAGAAUGGACAAUCAGUUUCCUUCCUGUGUCGAUGUCGAUGUUGUCUGUGCAGGAGAUGCAGUUUUUGUGUAGAGAAUGUAAAUUUUCUGUAACCUUUUGAAAUCUAGUUACUAAUAAGCACUACUGUAAUUUAGCACAGUUUAACUCCACCCUCAUUUAAACUUCCUUUGAUUCUUUCCGACCAUGAAAUAGUGCAUAGUUUGCCUGGAGAAUCCACUCACGUUUAUAAAGAGAAUGUUGAUGGCGCCGUGUCGAAGCCCCUCUGUAUCCAUCCACGCGCGCGGAGCUGCCGCAAGGAGCUCACAGAGCGGGAGGGAGCAGCCCACCCCCCCCCCCCCGGGCCCAGGCCAGCCUUGCUGUACCCACGGUCCCCAGAAUGGGACCCCCCCCCCAACCCUAACAGUGAUGAUUUUGCAAAAACAAAAGUUCUGUUCGUUUAUCCAUUGAGAUCUGGGAAGCUCAUGUCUCGAUAUUUCUGAUCCUGGCUACUUCCCUUAGAGAAAAUGAGCCCUUUUUUUCUGGCCUCACGGAUGGCAACAGAAGAAAGGGCUUCUCUGCGUGGCCCCCUGCCGGUGGGGGUGGUGCCCAGGGGCCCCCUUGCCCAUGGCCAGCUUCCUGCUGAUGAACAUGCUGUUUGUAUUGUUUUAGGAAACCAGGCUGUUUUGUGAAUAAAACGAAUGCAUGUUUGUGUCACGAAGCA